UUAUUUUGUAAGGCAAGCCAAACUUGUUUCCCAUCAAAGAGUCCCACACUUUCUAUAUCUUUCACACCCAGAGGAUUUAGGGUUUUGUAUCUCAUCUCCAUCCCUUAGCAAAAGAUUUAGUAAAAAAGAUUUGGUGAUUUAAAGAAGUGAAAUCUUGGAAAGAUGGCAUUGGGGAAGAAUUGUAUUUCAAUGAAGGCAAAGAGUGUUAGUGGUGAUGCUUUAGUGAGUGGAGAAGAAGAGGGGUUAGGCUUGAAGUUUGUUAGGUCAUAUUCGUUUGGAAGGAAAAGGGUUUUGAGCAGUAAUAAUAUUCUUAACGAUGAAGAUCUGUUGAAUCUUGACUCCACUUUUAUUUCCUCGUUGAAGAGGCUUCGCAGUUUAAAGCCUGAGAAGUCUAAUCUUGAAAGCCUGCCUCAAGAUAUUUUGAUCAGGGUUUUGUGCGGUGUGGAUCAUGAUGAUUUGAAGCAGCUUUUUCAUGUCUCUAAAGUGAUUAGAGAAGCUACUUUGAUUGCAAAAGAAUGGCACUUUGCCUAUAGCACACCAAGAAAAACUCAAGCUUUCCGAACUCGAAUUGAUAUUGGGAAUCCAAGUGGAUUAGAUGAAAUUGAAGCUCCAAAUGCGCCAAAGCAGCGAAGGUCUUACAAGUCGCAGUUAAAUCGGAAGAGUAUUGCUGAUGUAUCGGUGGCAUUGUUUGCUUCACCGAAGAAGGGGCUAUUCAUGGAAACAGAGAUAUGAGAAGCAGGGGUUUUGUAAAUAUAAGUUAAAUAGUAGAUUAAAUUAUUGCUGUAGAUAAAGAGUAAAAGGGUUUGGAGAUUUGGAUUGAUCAAAUCUCAUUUUGGGUUCUGUACAUGGCAAUAAUCUUCACAGGUUACACUUUGACACGGGCCGUUUUAGAUUCUUCAACUGCUUUCAUUGAAGACAGGAUUUUUGGCUUGUUAUGUUUCUCUUUGAUUUAUUAGCAGCAUGUAAAUUAGGGAGAGAAUUUGGGAUAUUUAUUUGAGGGGAAAUCUUGGCCCUUCUAUUCGGUAUAAAGGAUGAGAUGCGUACCUCCUUGUUAUCUUUUAAUAAAAUAAAGAUGAAAUAUUUCCUCAUUAA